AGCUCAAUGUCACAUAAGUAAUUUCACUGAGAAAGCUGACAGUAGUUGAAGAGUCUGAGAUACCUAAGCACUGCAGUGCUAUGCAGAGUCCAUGUGAGAGUCACCAUAGUUUCUUCUAUGGAGUUCCCUAUCUCUUCUACUGGAAUACCACUUCAAGGAAUCCGAUAAUAAAAGUGCAAGACAGCUACAACAUAAUUCGAUUCUGGGCACACAAUGGCCUUCUUAUUCUUGGAUUGUUAAUUGCAGCAUUGAACUUUCUAGUGCAGUUUUGUGCACCUGCAGCUUACGGAAAACACGCACCUCUCAAAGUCACAUGUCCUGUUGAAGUCCGUCUCUCGAAUAUAUUUGCGCAUUUCAUCCCAGGACUUCUGAUUUUCACGGUCAUGUAUUUCCUCUCUGGAAAUAAUCUUCUCGGGAUCACAAACAUUAUAUUGUACUCUCUUUUUACAGUGCAUUACCUGUUUAGAGGACUACUUGCUCCACUGAUGUUUCGGUACAGUCACUCAAGACUUUCUGCUCGGAUUCCACUGACAACAUUUCUUCUAAAUACGAUCUAUCAUUGUACAAAUGCCGAUUUUAUUGGGUCUGUCUUUUACUGCAAAGGCUACUUUUAUGACCCCAGAUUUAUCAUUGGAGCACUUUUAUUUGUGAUUGGGCUAAUAAUCAAUUGGUCUGCAGACAUUCAACUUAUUUUGCUGAGAACUUCACGACAUGACAAAGACUACAUUUUACCCCGAGGAGUGCUGUUCUCGUUGAUUUCUUGUCCUAACUACUUUGGAGAGUGUGUCGAGUGGCUAGGCUGGACCAUAGCUACCUGGUCACUGGCAGGGCUAAUAUGGUGGCUGUAUGUGGUGUCAGUGCUUGGAACCAGAGCCAUACAUAACCAUAAUUGGUAUAAAGAUCAAUUUAGUAGCUAUCCUCAAAGACGUAAGGCAAUCAUUCCUUUCAUUUACUGAUAUUUUACAGUCAAUUUUGCUACUUAUUAUGCAAUCUGUUCAA